AUGGCACGGUAUUCUCAGUUUGAAUUCUACCAGCAAAAUCCAUCGCCAUUAGAUGUUUCCCAGUCAGAAGAGGAGGAGAUGAACGUGUUAGACGACAAAAUUCUCGACUCCACCUCCCCCGGUCUUUCUGAUCCGCGACGUGCUUCAUACGACGAGGCCUACUCACAUCGGAAUUCUGUCUGGUCUAACUACUCAGGCUCCGAUCAGGCUCGUCCAACAUCGCUAGGACAGGCCGUUUUGGACUCGGGCGUUCCCUUCAUGCCCGUGGACGGGGCCCACUACGCUCAACCAUGGUCUCUAUCCCGGACUGCUUCCGGCUCAUGUACUCCUACCGCUUACGAUCAGUAUCCAUCAGAAGAGAGCAGUUCCGCGCCCUUUCAGGGGGGUGCAGUAGGACCGGUCGGCUCUAUCCCUAUGGCAGUUUCAUAUCGAGGUGCCAUGGGCUUCCAGCCGCCGGGUGGGGUCGCCAUGUCCCCGCAGUCUAGCCAAGGUUGGAUGCCGGCGCCUAUGGAAUUGUCCGAUGUGAAUCCGUCUAAAAGUCAUUAUCGCAAUGGGUCACCGUUGAUGCUUAGACGUGAUGGGAUUCGGAAGAAGAACGCUCGCUUUGAGAUCCCGGCGGAAAGGACGUUGAACAAUAUCGACCAGCUCAUCAACCAGUCGACGAACGAUGAUGAGAUCAAAGAACUCAAGCAGCAGAAGCGGUUACUACGGAAUCGCCAGGCCGCAUUGGACUCUCGCCAACGCAAGAAGCUCCACACCGAGAAGCUGGAGGAAGAGAAGAAGCAGUAUGCUCAUGCAAUGACGCAGAUGGAGGAAGGCAUCGCAAGACUUCAACAGCAAGAGGCAGAACUACUUGGCAAGCUCGCCGCUCAAGAGCAGCAGUUCACCCAGUUCGUGGAAGGCUUGCAAUUUGAAAAGAAUGAGAUGAUCCGCGUGCACACCCUGGAGACAGCUGAACUUCGGAAGAAAAACAACAUCCUCUUGGAGACCAUCGAGAAGCUCGAACGCGGCAUCAAACCCGGCAUGGAACCCCAUGGCGAGUUCGGCUUCGACAAUAUGUCGAUGGACGGCCAUCCAUGGGACGAGUUCUCGAUGGCCAACGGACUCUCUAUGCAAGACCAAAUACCCACUGCGCCUGCGCCAUCACAUGCUCUCACCCACAACGAAAGAGCCGAGAAGCCCCCCAACUCAGAAUACCCAUUCAGCUGGAACGCCUUCUACAUGUGUCUCCUCUUCGGUGCAUUUAUCGCCUCCAACAACAUCUCCCUCCCUGGCCGAAACCUCCCCCAGCUGUCAGACGAGUACCGUGCUGAAUCAGCCAACGUCCUGAAGGCAGUCCUAGCUUCAUCCCCCUCGGACCUCACCCACCCCACCGUACCCCCUAGCGGCCCUAGUGCACCCAUGAUGGAAAUGAACAUGGGCAUGGGUUCCUCCACGCUAGACGAACUACACGAUACCCUAGUCAUCCCAACCGAGGAACAAGAGCGCGCACAAGCCUUCGCAAUGAAUGUCGAUCAGUAUAACUCCCUAACGACCUUCGAAGGAGACGGCUUCAAGUCGCAGUCGCAGCCGCAGCCGCCGCAGCCGUCAAAUCUGCAACAGGCACUGGCGGCUAUGCGUCAUAAUGCGGCUCAGCAUUCUCGGAUGCAUGCCACUUCUAAUGUGUACACUAGGUCGCUUAUGUGGGAGCGGGUCCCGCAGAAAGUGAUCCAUGAUUUCCGUCGGAUGGUUCAGGAGUUUGGGGCGCCGGUCAAGCAGGAGAUGGGCUUUCAGUCUGCUUGA